CGGGCGCGCGGCGGCACCGGCACCGGCACCGGCACCAUGAACUGCCUGACGGUGCCCGGCGUCCACCCCGGCUCGCCCAGCCGCCCGCGCGGGCAGAUCCAGGUGAUUUUUGGACCCAUGUUCUCCGGAAAGAGCACGGAGCUCAUGCGGCGAGUACGGCGGUUCCAACUCGCUCAGUACCAGUGCCUGCUGGUGAAGUAUGCCAAGGACACACGCUAUUGUGCCUCUGGUGUUUCCACACAUGACAGGAACACCAUGGAGGCACUCCCUGCGUGUCUCCUCAAGGACGUGUACCAGGAGGCACUGAGCUCGGCAGUCAUCGGCAUCGACGAGGGCCAGUUUUUCCCAGACAUCGUGGAGUUCUGUGAGAUGAUGGCCAAUGCUGGAAAGACUGUCAUUGUUGCUGCUCUUGAUGGGACCUUCCAGAGAAAGGCUUUUGGAAACAUCCUGAACCUGGUCCCACUGGCAGAGAGCGUGGUGAAGCUGAAUGCUGUGUGCAUGGAGUGUUACCGAGAAGCCUCCUACACAAAAAGGCUAGGAGCAGAGAGGGAGGUUGAAGUGAUUGGAGGAGCAGACAAGUAUCAUUCCGUCUGCCGUGCCUGCUACUUCCGGAAGAGGCCUUACCAACCUGGGUCAGAAAACAAGGAGAAUGUGCCCAUAGGAGCAAAGCAGUUGGACACGGCUGCCUCCCGAAAGAUCUUUGCUUCUUGACUCCUGGGCUCCAACAUAGGAACAAAAUGAGCAGGGCAAAGUAAAGGCUGUAGCUUCCAGACUUCAGCAUUGUCUUCCCCUGCUUUUAGCAAAAGUCAAAUGUCUCAGCUCUACUUGCCAAACAAGCUGCUGCUUCUCUGCACCAUGUGCCAAGAAAGAGGAUGAUCAACUGGACCUAAUGCUGGAGGGAGCUGAAACAGCAGCCUGACUAAAAGUGAGUCCCUUUCCCAGAACACUGAAAAGAGACAGAUGUAAUUACUGAUGCACCACACAAGCUGGUACUGGAAAACUCCAUCACACUAAGUUGGACUGCAGGGCAUUAACAGUUUGCAGUACUUCUAGUCUGUUCUAGAUUUCAUGUGUUCAAACUGGCCAGUGACUGGUAGAAGUCCUUGUACUUGCAUAUGAACAGGAUUGUUUUUUUAAUCUCGUCUACUGUUGCUGAAGUCCAGGUUCCCUAGGACAAUGUACAGUAAUUUAGUAUCUGGAACCCACUUCCUUUUUAACAUAGUUUGAGGAGAUACUUCUUUUCUUUUACCUAGAGCUGUGGCCCAACUUUUCAACUGAAAUAUAUAUAUCAUUCCCUAGCCCUACUUACAGACAGCCUUUUAACAAUUGUGCAUGGCCUGUCAGCUUGCUGUUACACUCAUUUGCUGUAAGUUUUUAUUAAAACAGAAUGGGGGAAAGACAAGGCUCUACUUGACAGCUCAAGUUUUAAACUCUUUUUAGGCUUGAACUUAAAAGUGCCUCUGCAUCUAGUAGUAGUCUACCUAUGAAGACAAUGGUGUUGUCACUUCAUUUCAGGAAGUCACUUCUCCAAUAUCAAGGUUUUUUGCUCAAGUCCAAGCUUGGUGCUGCCACUUCACAACUCUUAGGCUCAGGACUUGAUCUGUGUAAGACUAGGCUACUGUUACUGUGAAAAUCCAGCUACUUGGAAAAGGGUGUCUGCUUUGAGUGGAUGGUUCUUGAUUAUAGUCAUGUCUCUUGCUCCCUCCUGAGCCUUCAAAGAAUUCUUGGGCCUGCUGCUUCCUCUACUAUACCUUGGCUGAAGCAUCCUCUUCCCUUUUGCUUCACUUAGCUUCCAGAAGUCUUUUACUCCUUGCAAAAGUACUUUUCCUGUAGGUCAGAGUCCACAGGCUCCACACAAUCGUUCCUCAUUCUGUUCAGGCUGCUUUGGUCGAAUCUCCAUGCUCAAAUAUUGUGCUAUCAAGCAACACCUGUCUAGAAUGUUUUAAGAGCUGCCUGAAAAAAACUGCCUAUACCUGCAUUACUUGAAGUCAUUACAGCUGUAGUAUUCACAAGCACUUCACUGCCAGGCCUAGGCUUUUCCCUUGGAGGCUGGGGGAAGGUAGUACUGCUACUGUUUUAGGUUAAUAAAUAACUUAAUGAAA